UCUCCCCACACCAACUACUUGCUGGAAACAACGGACGAUUCAAGCCUUUACACUCUCUCACCUUCACUCAUCUAUAUAAAGAAACACAAAACACAGAGCUGCGCCCUUUGAAAUAGGGAAAAAAAAAAAGAGUGAGAAGGAAAGAAGGAUGUGGUUAUUUAGUAAGAGUACUGGCAGAACAUGGUCUUUAAGCGAAUGCUCUCGUGUUCUGUAGAACAACCUGGACUGAAGCAAUCCUGAUGAACUUCUUGCUAAGAUUCAGAAGCUGAAGCAAUCCUGGGGCUGCAGGCAAUUUCUUCAGGACGCUCUUAGAGGGCAGGGAAAAUUCUCUUCAGAAGAGAAAACACGCUGCCUGUCUCUUAAGAAGGUGGAAGAGGAGUUGGGAAAUGGUAAAUCACUAAGCCUGGCUUCAGUAUUUGGACUGAAGUCACCCGCUGGAGAAUCUGUUGUGAGCACCCAGACAACAUCUCAGCAGGGAGAGAUGACCAACAUCAGUGGAGAAUGCAACUUUACAAGCAUCGACAGAUUAGCAGAAACCCUCCGGUUUGGGAUCUCCAUCCCCACCUUCAUUCUUGGCUUGGUUCUCAACACCCUGGCCCUCUCAGUAUUCUGCUGUUUUUGGAAGAAACAAACCAAAACCUCAGUCUAUAUGAUCAAUCUGGCACUUGCAGAUGUUCUGCUGCUUCUCUCCCUCCCACUUAAGCUGCACUACUCUAUUGCAGAAGCACCUGGACUCCUGUGUGCCUUUAUACAGUCACUGUACUUUGUCAAUACCUAUGGCAGUAUCUUCAUCAUUGUUUGCAUUACUGUUGAUAGAUACAUCUGCUUAAAGCAUCCAUUUGAAGGUCGAGCUAACCAAUCCCCCAGGUGGGCAAUCUUGAUUUGCUGUUUUAUCUGGGCAGUAGCUUGGCUUUGUAGCAGCCCGAUAUAUGUGUUUCAAAAGAAAGAUUCUUUAAAAUGUUUUCACAACAUGUCAGAUGAGGCCUGGAGUGUCCCUCUCAUCGUUUCUGUGGAGAUCUUUGGAUUUCUGAUUCCACUCUCAGUGAUGGUUUUCUGCUCUGCACAAAACAUCUGGAUUCUUCUGAAUCACAAAAACAGAGCCAAAGAGAAAGUAGAAGAUUCCUUACGAGUCAUUAUCAUCAACCUUGUUGUCUUUUUGGUAUGUUUCACACCUGUGCAUCUUGCCAUCUGCCUACAGUGCCUGGUAAGACAGCACGUGAUAGUGGACUGCCGCCUGAAACAAACCAUCAGCCUCUUCAUCCAGGUGUCAAUGAUACUAGCCAACCUCAACUGCUGCCUGGAUGCCAUCUUCUAUUACUUUGCUGCCAAAGAAUUCCGUGAAAAAACACACCUGAAAAAAAUUAUUCAACGAUGCCCUGUCUUUAAGCCUUGUGCCACAUGACAGGACCUUUUGCAGUAGAAGAAUGCCUCUUCCUUGGCUGCCGCUCGCCCUGCAGGUGGAACACUGACAGCAUUAUUCCCAGCAUGGCAGUAAGGCCAGCUUGGCCGUUGCAGGAAGGGCAGAGGAGGGAGAAGGACAAUAUUUUCCUCAUGAAUGUGAAUAUUUGUCUUCUUUUUUAGAGAUCAAAGGGGAAGAAUAUGGGGAAAAAAGAACCAGCAUUAUGAAAAUAUCAGUGAUGCAAAAGAAGCAUUAGCCUUGAUGCUAUUUCAGCUAUUAAAGCUGAAAGGCUUAUCAGAGGAAAACUACCAAGGUCACUGGACUGCCAAUUAAAAUCAGUCUUUGCCAUCGCCACAGCGGUUUUCCUCUCACCGAUGUGAUCAGAAACUCGUUGCUCUGGGCCAGUCAAACCCAGAAAUAACUUCAACACGUUCUUGCUAACUUAGAAGGUUACUGAGAGAUACAAGAAAGUAUCUGGCCAAAAGUCUGGCUCUGCUCUUUCCUUCUGGAAACCCUGCAGAAGGUCUCUGUUGAAGCUCAUUUGCUCCAAAAUCUUGGCUGGCCCUCUCAUAAGCAUUAUAAACCAUCAUACACCAGCCAAGGCUGUUCCACAGAGGACUGGGCUGCCCAGUACAUGACAACAUCUCUUUAUACAACACCCUAUCUUGGGUAACAGCAACAAACAACAAACCUUUCUGAUAAUUGUCGCUCAGGAACCAGCAUGGUUUUAUUCUGCAACUUUAAAACAGCUUUUGCACAUUAAAAACAAAAUAACCCCUUCAAAUACUGCAUUUAGUGAAAGGCUGUACAUACAGAAGCGUCAGUCUAAGAUAUAACAAGACAGAUGUAUGAAGGUUUUCUGCCUGUCUUCUCAUUCUUUCUUGAGGAAGAAGAACAUAUGUAAGCAAGUACAACAUCACAAGCAUGAAAUACAGUUUGGGAGCACUUGUCUGAUACACUCCAGGCUCCCAGAUGAAACACUGGAUCAGCUCUGUCAAAUUCAUUCCUCAGAGGAGUCCUCCUAGCCUGGACUUUCCAUUUCACAAAAUGUGAAAUGUGAACGUGCCUUAAUCACUCCAUGCCAGCUCUUCUGGUAUGUCUCUGCCCCUGGGCCGUUUGUACGUUCGGCCCUGAGUUGAAA